AUGGGCAAGUUCAGGAAACCUGAGAAGCUGGUGUUGGUCCUGGGCAGGCACCACUCAGGUGCAAAAAGCAUCAUGAAGAACAUCGAUGAUGGCACCUCAGACCUUCCCUACAUCCAUGCCCUGGUGGCUGGAAUUAAUGACUAUUGCUGCAAAGUGACAGCUGUCAUGGGCCAGAAGAAAAUCGCCAAGAGGUCAAAGGUCAGGUCUUUUGUGACAGUUUAUAACUACAGUCGCUUCAUGCCCACAAGGUACUCUGUGGACAUCCCCUUGGACAGAACUGUCCUCAACAAGGAUGUCUUCAGAGACACUGCUCUUAAAGGCACUGCCCAAGGAGAGGCCAAGGUCAAGUUCAAGGACAGGUACAAGACCAGCAAGGACAGAGGGAUCUAG